AUGCAAAUUUCAGAAAAUCACUAUUUGCUCAAAAGGUAGGAUACCUAAGAUUAAUAGUUCAAUUCAUAAUUUUCAUCACCUGAAACAGAUUUUAGAUAAACCUAAAAGGAAAUAAUUCCUUACAAGACACAAGAAGAGUAUGAAAAGGAAACUUAACAACUUUAAUUCUUUACUCCAAAAAAAACAAGGUAUUAAGAUAAAGAGAUAUACUAUACUCCCGAUAACAAAAGAAAACAAGAACAUUAAAAUAACUAACAGCACAGAAAAUUCAAAUAGAUAGGUAAUAUCUUGUUUGCAAUACAAGUUCUAAUUAUAAUACUUUUGGAAGUGAUGAAUUGA